AUGACAGAAAGGAAGACAAGUAAGGGGAACUUAACUGCUUCUGUUAUCAGUAACAAAAAAAAAAAAGAAUUCGUUACUUGCACGCAAUCUGCUUAUGAUGACAUCGCGGUAAAACCAUGUCACCUCAAAAGAUAUUCCACGCAAACUACUGAAAGAGUGUUGCGAUAUUUUACAAGUACAAGAUCAAUGCAAAAAAAAAAUUAUAUGAGUCAUCAGGCGGGAAUAUUUAGUCAUAAUACUGUCAUUGAUAGACUACGAAAAAACUCGACCGUAUUCACUCGCGAUAAAUUGAAACUGAAUUCGGUUGUGCAAAAGUGCUGCCCUCUAAGAUCUUUGCAUUCAUAUAGUGAUUCGCCCCGCGCGUUGAACCGGGAACGAGGGGAAUGUUUUGAUUUUCACAAAAAUGUUAAAUUUGAAUUCAACGAUUCUUAUCCAACUAAAUUUCUUUAUAUACCUAUGUGA